UCCCUACUGUCCGUGCUUCGACAGGGGUCCUUGAAGACUUCCUGUUUUAGGGCGGCCAGUUUAAGUUGCCAUAGCAGGGAAAAGGGAAGUCUCAGCGCAGUAACAGUUGCGAACACGAAUUAGUUAGUUGCCCUGUGGAUUCGUUCUGACUCGCAGUGUCCAACUGGAAAAUGGUGCUAGUAUGAUGGUUGUCUAAGUAAAAUUAGUGCAGAAUCCUCAGCCAGUAUUGCUUGGAUGCCAGAGCCCUGGAUCCAUGGCGGAAUCCUCCAGCGAAUCCGAUACUUAUCUGCGCGGUCGGGGCUACCGCGCCAGAGGCCGCGAUACGCAGCCCCGGAACAGAAAGGGAAGAGCCAACGCGGAUGAGGACAUUUCCGCGAAAAUCGACACCCUGGCGAAUACGUUACAGGAUACCAGUAGAAAUCUACAUAAUGUGGACAGGAUGCUGGGUAAAUACAGGGAACACACAGAUGACCAGGCUGAAGCCAUGGCAACGCUGAGAGAUGACCUGGAGGAGUCGAUCCAGCAGCUGCGCAGCCAGCGUCAGCGAAGGACCUCCGCAGGGCGCAGUGCCUCAGUCUCUACCCUGCACACCAGCGACCUGGAUGCAGGCUCCGCCUCUGACGGUCAUCGCUACUUUCCCACCUCUCCCCUGAGGGACUACUCUGGACCCGAGACGACGGGAAGAAGACGAUCCAGGUCUGCCACUGUGCGCUUCACGGAUGCGGGCAAGAAGGAUAACUACGUGCACGGUCUGCAUCAGUCUCUGCGGGACCUGCGCAGUGACCAGAUCCGUCUCGGGGACGACGUCAACCGAGAGAUCCACCGACGGAACAGGACGGAGGUGGAAACCAAGCGGACUUUGGAGCGCCUGUCCGAGAGCCUGGCUUCGCCCCAGAGAGCGGAGUCGGUGACCUCGCGGGUGGAGAGGCGUCUGCAGGAGAUCGAGAAGGAGAUCCGGUCGGAGCGGAGGUGUGCGGAGAAGCUUCCGGAGCCGCGCGGGAGCAUGUCCCAGGGGCUGCAGCAGGCUCUGAGAAGGCGAGAGGGCGCAGCUGGUGAAUCAGAGGAGGCAAUGAAGAGCAGUCUGCUGAGAUCAGAGUGUGAGAAAAACAAGGUCGAACAGGAGCUGGAGAGGACCAGGAGGCUGUUGGACCAGUCGGAAGGGGGGCGGGACACCCUUCUGCAGCAGGUAGAAGACCUGCGUGUGCAGCUGCUGAGGACGGAGAAGGAGCGGGUGGACAUGCAGCAGCAGAUCUCCCUCCUGAGCACUCAGAGGAGCCGGCAGGGCUGCGACGAGCAGGAGAGAGACAGGGGGUCAGUGGAGAGGCUGGAGCUGGAGAGGGAGGUGCAGGAGCUACGCCUGCAGUUGGGGCGUGGCGCGGUCCUGAGUGAGAUGGAGGAGCUGAGGAGAGCCGUGGAGCGCAAGGAGAGGGAGAGAACACAGCUGUGUGUGCAGGUGGAGGCUCUGUCGGUGGAUCUGGAGCGGCGCGAGCAGCAGCAGCUGAAGAUGCUGGAGCAGCUGAAGGAGAUCCAGGCGCGGGCGGAGGAGUGCCAGGCGGAGCGGGCGCGGGCGGAGGCGCAGAGGGCCGACAGCGACAGGAGGAGGGAGGAGGUGAAGAGCCGCGCCCAGGAGGCCCUGCGCCAGUGGAAGGCCAAGUGCAGGAAGCUGGAGCUCAGCCUGGAGGAGCAGAGCAAGGAGGCACAGACCAGCGCAGACAAGGCCCGGAAGGCCCUUAAGGAGAGGGACGGCCUGCAGGUGGCGCUGCAGACGCUCGGCCAGCAGGCGGAGGCCCUGCGCAAGGAGCUGGCGGAGGUGCUGGGGCGCCUGGCUCAGCGCGAGGAGGACGCGCGGAGGCUGGAGGUGGAGCUGAGCGAGGCCAAGGCCCUCCGCCUGGGCCUGGAGCAGGAGGCGCGGGAGGUGCGCGAGGCCUCCCGCUCCCUGGAGGAGGAGGCGGGGCGGCAGGGCCUGCUGGAGGCGCGCCUGCGGGAGGAGAACCGGGCGCUGGAGGCGCGGGCGGAGGAGGCGGGCCGGGGGCGGGAGCGGGACCGCGCGGCGCUGCUGGAGCUGCGGGCGGCGGCGCGGGAGCUGAGCGAGGCCCGGGCCCAGCUGGCCGCCCGGCUGGCCGAGGAGGAGGAGGCGCGGGAGGAGGCGCAGCGGCGGCUGGACGCGGCGCUGGAGGAGGCCCGCGCCCAGGGACGCCAGCUGCAGCUGGAGAGGGAGCUGCGGCAGAGCGAGCUGGCCAGCCUGCAGGGGGCGCUGCAGGACGGGAGGGCCAAGCAGGAGCGAGCCGUGCAGGAGACGCUCAGGCUCUGUCAUCAGGAGAAGAAGGAGCUGCAGGACCACCUGAGGGAGCUGAAGGCGGAAGGAGCAGCCGACAAGGACAAGGUGCGGGCGCACCGCCGGCAGGUGGAGAAGAUGAAGACCGAGUGCGACAAGCUGACGGAGGAGCUGACUCGCGCCGAAGAGGGCCACGCCCAGCUCAGCAGGAAGUGCCAGCUGCUCAAGCAGGAGCUGGAGGAGAAGACGAAGCUGGCGGCCCGGGGGGACGACCGCGCGCGGAGCGCGGAGGGCGCGGCCGCGGAGCUGCGCGCGCACGUCGGCCGCUUGGAGGCGGAGCAGGAGUCCGUGCUCUCGUCCAUCGGCGCCGAAAUCGACGCGGCCUGCAAGGAGCUGUCCGGGGAUUCCGCCGAGAAGCUCAAAGCCAUUUCCCUCAGUUUGGGGCUUCACAGUGACCCACACCGCUGGCUGGCUGAAACUAAGACAAAGCUGCAGUGGUUGUGUGAGGAGGUGAAGGAACGGGAGGCGCGGGCGAGGAGGCUGAGACGGCACGUCCAGCAGAGUCGAGAGGAGAUCAAGAGCCUGAAAAAGAGCAAAGAAGCAGAGCAGCAGGUCCUCCUGGAGCGCAUCACACAGCAGGAGCGACUUCUGGAGAACCUCCAUGGUGAGAAGAGAGAUCUGCUCGAGAAAACCCACAUGAAGGAUGAGGAAAUGAGGGGCCUACAAGACCGAAUAUCAGAUCUGGAAACGAGCACCAGGCUUGCUCUAGAUCACCUGGAGUCUGUCCCAGAGAAGCUGAGUCUGCUAGAAAACUUCAAGGACCUGGAGGAGUCUCAGCGGCAGCGGGAGGUGGUGGAGGAGCGAUACGCCCGAUACAAGGAGAUCGUGGGCGACCUGCAGCACCAGUUAGAGGAGUCCAAAAGGAGAAUCCAGGACUACAGGGAUGAGAAGAUGGACGCAGCGUCCCGUAGCAUCCGCCUGGCCGCCCUCUCCUCCUCUAUCCGGGGGCAGGGCAAUUUCCUGUCCAGCUCCCUACUCAGUGACAGUGCCUCACCACACAAACGCUUCGCCUCUCCGGAGUUGGACAGCAGUCUGCUUGAAGACCAAAGUUUGCCUUUAAAUGGCAUAAAACCUCUGUCCACAGCUCAGUGAAACAUUGGCCAGCCUCCAAUCUGCAAACCUGUUUACAGCAGUUUAUAGCAGCCAGUUAUAUUUAUAACUGUACAGGAGCAUAAAACGGUCCCCUGCACAUUCAACACUGUACGCCAACCACCCUGAUGCCUUUCUGCUCCACCACGUGGGUUACCAUGACAACCUCAAAGCCAGUCACUUUUAGUGUGGACAAAGAACAAUGGGGUAGUCUCAACGGUAAGGGGUUGGUAUUGGCAUUACUUAGUAAAAAUUAUUUGGGAAAUCGCUUUAAAGUAUGUUUUCCACUAUUUUUGUUUCAGUAAACUGGAUGUUCUUGAUUGAAUGUACCGUGGAUAAGAUGAAAUGGCCAUCUCUGUGUUUACAGUAAACCUGGGUAAUCUCCUUCAUCUGUGAAACAGAACCUCAGAAAAGAGUAAUGUUCUUACCGUAAAUCAUGGAAUUGGAAUGCCUUGCAUAUUCCACAUUUCUAUGGGCUUUCAAACAAGAAAAUUACCAAGAACAAUAAUCUAAUCUAAAUAACUUUUUAUGUAACACUUUUGAAACAUACUGUUUAUGUUGAAAUCAAAUGUUUGUACACUAAAUUAUGCAGAUAUGAAAAUGGCUAUCUGCAAAAAAAAAAAAAAAAAGUUAAAGCUUUGUUGGAGCAUUUACCUUUAGUAAAAAUCUGGUGCUUUUUUUACUUACUGCACAUGGCAUUAAUAUAUAUGCAUAAUAAAUAUUUUAUACGGUUUUCAGCAAAUUAGCCAAUUCUCAGUGUUUCUAUGUGUACCUAAAGCUAGCUGCUCUAAAUGCUGGUUGUUGGUGUUUUGUCAUUUCAUUGAUUUGUUUUCAUUUCAGUGCACACACUGGAUUAUGUUUAUCUGAUUUUUAUAUAUGUACACAUUUAAGCUUUUUAUACAUUUGACAGUGAUUAUUUGUCUAAAAUCACAAAGAAUGCACAAGUCGCAAUGUUCAGUGUUUAAGUGAAGAGAGUAAAAAGUGAACGCAGUGUGUUAAUGAUCAAA